UUGGCAGAAGAGUAACCUAAAAAUUUUUUUCAACAUUUUUCAAAAUAGAGCUGUUAUUGCACCAUUUUUGAGAUGAAUUUCAGAAUAACAUUAGUAUUUGCUCUAUUAUUGCAAACAGGAGUAUUAUGCAAUAAUGAAGAGGAAGAUGAUAUAUUCAUACCAGAUUCGGAAUGGAAAGAAAUAAAACAAGGACAAAAAAUUCCAUCUGGUCUUCAUGUCAGAAUAAACCUUCAAACAGGUAAAAAAGAGGCCAAAUAUCCUGAUGACCAGAGAAAUCAGGCAUUGGUGGUUACUGAAAAUGAUGAAUUAAAAGAAAAAAGUGAUCCUUCAUCUGCACGAAUUUCUAUAGCGGAAAUCAAAAAAUCUUUGAAGAAAAUAAAAAAUGACGCGAAUAAAGAUAAUUUGAAGACUAUGAAAACAAAAUUUAGAAAUUAUGAGGAGAUAAAGAAGGAACUGGGGCAUAUUCAAUUGACUCCUAAAUUAGACUCUGAGGUAAUCAGAGACUUGAUGGUAGAUUUCAGAGAAGAAAUCAGUGGUGCAAAAAACAAUACAAGAUUAAAAAAUAUUCUUGAAGAUUUGGAAUACCUGUCACACCAAAUUGAUAAUGCAAUAGAAUUUGUGAAUCAAAAUGGUUUCAAAAAUUUGAUUUAUGCUAACUUGAAUCAAACUAAUUUGGAUAUAAAAAUCAUUACACUAAGACUUAUGAGCUCCUUGAUGCAGAACAAUCCUAAAGUUCAAAUUCAUGGUUUAGAGACAGGAUGUAUAAGUGAACUUUUGAAGGUGUUGAACUUGGAGAAGAAUAUUGAAGUUAAGUAUCAAGCUGUGGGAGCUUUGAGUUCUAUAUUGAGAAGGUUUCCAUUAGCCCAGAAGAAGUUUUUAGAAAAUGGAGGCUUAACAGUUUUUUCAAAGAUUUUUGAGGAGGCUGAUAUAAAAAUGAAUGUUAAGUUACUCACUCUAGUCGUAGAUUUAGUGAGUGAGCAUCAAUAUUCUUCAGCAAAGGAUGGCAGUGAAGAAGCUUUGAAGCAAUAUGAAAAGAUCAAUAUGGAAGAAAAAUUAAUAGAAAAUAAUUGGUGUUAUAAUAUAAACAAGUUACUUUAUUCAAUUGUUGCUGCAGAUGAAGAUAAUCAUGAUUUUGUGGAGAAAUGUUUGAAAUCCAUGAACAUCCUGAGAGAUAAAUGUGCAACUGGAUAUGAUUCAAAAAUAUUGAAUUACUUGUAUCAAAAAUAUAAUAGGUUGGGAUUGGAUGAUAUAGAAGAAGAUGAGGAGUAUAGUUUAAGUAGUUAUUUUUCAGAAUUGAAGGAAUUGUGUCAUGACUUAUUGCAAGCCAAUAAAUCUAAACAAAAGACUGAACUCUACUUGAAAACUUUUAUUUCUUUCAUAAAUCAUUCUUCACUUACCAGUUUUGGUCAUUAA